UGGACUCUUGGUUUACUAUCACGUAUAUGUUGCAGGUGUGCUUAGCGGUCUUACGUAGCUAUCGCAAUUUCGCUGCCUCAUUAUUUGCUGUGAGUGAAAAUUACACGGUUUUCUGGCGUGCAUUACACACCGCUGUCCGCUCUGCUUCUGUAUUUUUUCAGAAGAAUGUAUUGCAGCAUGCCUUUCUGCAAGUCGGACAGGAAAAGAAAGUUCGGAAUAAGUUUUCAUGAAUUUCCUACGAACGAUGAUUGUCGCCAAGCGUGGCUGAAGACGAUAUCAAAAAAAGAUUUUGUCCCAAAUGACAAAUCAUCGAGCAGUGUCGUCUGCAGCCUUCAUUUUGCGAAUUCAGACUACACUUUGGGGUCCACAAAGCUUCACCGCCUCAAACGGGAUGCUGUUCCGAGCGUAUUUUCGGGAUACCCAACCUACAUGCACCCGCAAAAACCACCAAAACGGCGUAAAUUGGAGCGAAAGGUACAGGACUUCCCUUCAGACAAAAAAAAAAGGCAUCAAGUUUAUCAAGUUGCCAUGCCAAAAUGACUGGUUCAGCCUGUGACAGUGCAACCACCCCAGGCCAUUCGUCAAAUUCUGAUGGCUUGUUGCCAUCAGUCCCUGAAGAAAAUACAGAGGCGAGUUUUCAAGGUGCGGGCCAUGACGGAGGCCAUCUGCCGCAGACUUCUGUAAGCCAUGUGUCAAUAUUUAGCCCCAAGGAGGAUCAGGUGGCUAUAGGGGCGAAAACAAGUGCACAAGAUGCAGUUGGUGAACUGCAGCGGCCUACUAACUCAGUUGAAUGUUCAGCGCAAACUUGUGAUGAAUUCCUUCCACGCAGGCAGUCAGAUGCAAGGGUAAUCAACAGAAUGAGGGUGCAAUUGUUUAGAAAAGCAGAUACUGUAAGGAGACUGCAGCGAGAAAACAGCCGCCUAAAAAAGAAGCUCAGUGGUUAUGAGAACAACACCGUCCACUCGGCAAUCAGAAAAUGCUUGGAGAAGGUUGGCACGGCCCAGUUCUGCCUAGAAGAUUGCUUAGUGGAGCAGAUCACCAAUGCAACAAGGCAACGACCCGCAUGGUCGCCAGACUUUGUGCGGGAAUGUGUACUAUUGUACUACUUGUCCCCCAAGGCGUACCGUUACAUACGCAACCGAGGCUUGCUUAAACUGCCGUCGAAAAACACCCUCCUUCGCUAUGUCGGGAAGUCGAACGGUGAAAGUGGGGUCACACCACUAAUGAAGGAACGCUUAAGGCAAGAGGUGGGCAACCUGAAAGAGCAAGCCCGGCUUUGCUCAAUUAUUGUAGAUGAGAUGUCCAUCAGCUCCAAAUACAUAUAUGAUCGCAAAAUGGAUUGCUUUUUCGGGCAACAAACGGCGAAAGAAAACAGUGGAGCAGCAGAGAACACCAGCAACAUCAUGCUUGCCAACAAGGUGCUAUGUUUUGUUGCUACAGGAUUGUCCACAGCAUACAGGAUACCUUGCGGCUUCUUCUUCAUGAACCGUCUAAGUGGCAAGCUUUUGUACCAUCUUACAAAAGAGGUAACCUCUGAAGUUGAAAAGUGUGGUAUGUGUGUGCUCCGGAUUGUCACAGAUAACCACAAAAUUAAUGUUACGAUGAUGCGUCACCUGGGGAACGGCCACUCAAGCCUGUUGUCACUCAAGCCUGUUGUCACUCAUUCAUGUGACCCAGAAAGAAGCUUAUUUCUGUCAUUUGACCAGUGCCAUAUUAUAAAAAAUGUGCGAAGCCUUCUGCUUGAGGGGGAGAUGACAGACGGAAGCCAACCAAUAACGGGACAGUUUGUCAAGCAGCUGUAUGAGCUACAAAAGAACGAGGUUGUCAAACCAGUUCGCUUCCUCACGCAGAAGCACGUAGAACCAAUGAACUUUGAGAAGAUGCACGUAGGCAGAGCAGUGCAGCUAUUUUCAGACGAUGUCAUCUCGGCACUUUCCUUUUUGAAGGAAUACCCGAGUCGCCACCCUCAGGCAGAGAAGUUCAGAAAUGCAGAGGCGACAAUCUUGUUCAUGAAGAUGAUGCAAAAGUGGUUCGCCAUCCACAAUGUAGCAAACCGAACUGCGCAUGUGCACAUGAGACAGCCUGACCAGAUGCACUUCUUUUGCACGACUGACCAACGCCUACAGUGGUUGGAAAAGGACUUUCCAGACUACCUCGAGGCUCUCAACAAUGCCUGUAAAAGGAGUGGGAAGAAGUUUAUAAGCGCAGAGACUUAUGAAGCUAUUUUGCUGACGAGCAAGUCUACGGUUUUGUGUGUAAAGUUCCUUCUCGAGAGCGGUUUCUUUUAUGCUUUGACGAGGAACCUCUCAAGCGACCCUGUGGAACUCCUCUUCAGUUCUCUACGGCAAAUGGCCGGUGGCAAUGACUGCCUGGAUGCAAGAGCCAUGACGUUCAGCCUGGAGAGGAUCUUGAGGACUGGCGACCUCUGCCCAUCCCAGUCUUCAAACGUCGAGAACGGGCAGGCUGUCUUGAGCAUGCAUGGCGCUUCCAUGAGCGUGACGUCCCCUGUACUGGAUGUUCCAGCUGAAGCAACAGCACAAGCUGCCACACUUGUUUCGACUGAGACACCUCAAGUUGCCCUAGCCAGUUGCACUGUACCUGAAGAUGUUGUGAUGGAAAUCGACGGGCUGUUUACACCACUGAAAGCACUGCCUCUGCAGCGCCCACCGUCAACCAUAGUGAAUGCUAGCAUUGCUUACAUAGCUGGGUUUGUGGCAAAAGCAGUCGAGGAGCGGAGAACAUGUACCUUCUGCCCUUCCCUCCAUCAAUCAGAUGGAUUCAGUCCUGUGCUAAUGGGGCUAAUUAGCCUGAAGUCAAGGGGUGGCCUAACUUUCCCAAAGCCUGAAUUUGUCAUGGUACUUGUGACCAUUAAGAAGGCUGUUGACAUUGCCCUGCCACACAUAAAAAAGAGCAAUGUACGUCAGCAACUGGCUGAACUGAUUUUGCCUCACCUUGAAUAGUGCCCCCUUUUUGUAUGCCCGGCAAGAGAUGAGCAUGGUGCGAGCACAAUGUCAGUGGUCUUCGACAAGUUUAUUAAGCCACUCUUGUCCAAUGUCGGUGCGGCUGUGACAGACAGGGCAGCUUACCGGAAAAAAGCUUGCAUGUAAGCCACUGUACCUGAAAGUGCUGCGCGUGUAAACUUGUGCAACGCAUCAAAAACAUGGUGCAUACUAUGUGCCUCUGUUUUUGGGUUGUUUCUGUAAAUGAAGUCUUAUGUAUAAACUUGUAUGUAAGUCACUACUCUGCAAUGUGCUCCGUGAACAGAAUUGUGCAAUGAAGAAAAACAUGCUGCAAACCGUCCUUUUUUUUUUUCUUGCUGUAAAUAAAGUAUCAUGCAUCCUGGAA